UGUGAAAUCAACAACACAUCAUCUUGCUCAAAGCUAAUCAAUUUUCCACCAACAACUCUGAAACUUUCCACAAGAUGACAGAAAAAAUGGAAAACAAAAUUCGAAAACUGAAUAUAGAUAAAAUAUUGAAGCAUGGGAACGGUUGUGAAGGAAGAGAAAGAAAGGGUUAUUGAGUACAGUACAGACCCAUUACUUCUUCCCCCCCCCCCCCCCCCCACUACUUUGAGAAAAAUUCCACCACCACUACCAACAACAACAACAACCCCAUAUCCCUCCCCACAACAUAUUCUUCAUAGUUCGUCCAUCACUUCUAACUCUCACAGCUCCACUAUAAAUACUUGAACUUCUAUGUUCUUGCUUCUCUUCCUCUCCCAUCGUCAUCUCCAAAACUAAAAACAAAGUCCAUUCGGGUGAGUGAGUAAUUACAGAAGACGGACAAAAUGGCUCCAAGGCUGAAGCUGGUGGAUUCAUCUCUGAGACUCGCAGCCAUUCCCCUGAGUGCUGCAACCCUCUGCCUCACUGUCACCAACCACCAAGACAACACUGAUUUAGGCCCUGUUGCCUACAAAAACAUCCAAGGCCUCAGUUACAUGGCCUGGAUCAGUGGGAUAUCUGCUGCCUAUGCACUUGUUGCUGCUCUGUCCAUUUGGUUCGUUAAAUGCUCUGCUUCCAAACCCUGGCUCUUCUUUCUCUUUGACCAGAAGAUGAUAGCAUACCUAAUGGUGACAUCUGGAGCUGGAGUGUCGGAGAUAGUGUACUUGGCUUACUACGGGGACAGGACAGUGACGUGGAGCGAAGCCUGCCGCUCCUAUCCCACCUUCUGCAACAGAAUGACGCUUGCUGUGAUUAUCCAUGCUUUGGCUCUCUUCUGCUUCAUUGCUUUCACUGUCAUCUCUGCUUACAGAGCCUUUAGCUUGUUUGAACCUCCUUCUCUAACUCCUUCCAAGGAAGUUGAAGCAUCAGAUAACACUACUAGUAGAGCUGCUGCCUAGCUUCAGCCUUAAGUUUUGGGAUGGUUUAAGAUAGAAUUAGUUACCAUUGUUAUUAUGUGAGUUCUGUGGUGUGAGUUUUUUGGCUUGUUUCAGUACAGAGAUUUAGAAAGUCGCAAACUUUUCCCUCACUGAUGUUCCGAUCUUGAUCAAUCUGAUACAGAAAGCAUUGAACAAAAUGCUAAACUUCUCUUACUUUGAGAAAUUUGUCCUUUUGUUGGUCUCUGCCAUGCCAACGCCAUUUGUAAACAUUCAUCAUAACUAUGGCUGGUUAUGGUCCUCAUCAAUCUGUUUUUUCUUUUACAACACAAGACAAUCACUGUAAAAGAGUAAAUUAAAGAUCAG